UGACACAGUAGUCCUUUCCCACAAGGAGCACCUGCCAGUCACUCAGGUUGUGAUGAGAGACACAGGCCGACCACAUUCAGAAGCGGCUUAUGCGCUGGGGCCUCUGCUCUGCUCCGGGGACAAUUCAUUUUGGAAUUCUGCUUCCUUCAAGACCGAGACCUCAUACCUUCACUUCCCUACGUUCCGUGGAGAGCUCAGUGCUGACGUGUCUUUCUUUUUUAAGACGACAGCGCCUUCUGGGGUGUUUGUAGAGAACCUGGGGAUCACAGACUUCAUCAGGCUAGAGCUACAUGCUCCUGCAGAAGUGACCUUUUCCUUCGAUGUGGGGAACGGGCGAUGUGAGGUCACGGUGCGGUCUCCCACUCCCUUUAACGACAACCGGUGGCACCACGUGAGGGCUGAGAGGAACGUGAAGGAGGCAACCCUUCAAGUGGACCAGCUCCCCAGCAAGACGCGAGCCGCACCCACGGACGGCCAUGCCCGCCUGCAGCUCAACAGCCAGCUCUUCGUGGGCGGGACGGCCACCAGACAGAGAGGCUUCCUGGGGUGCAUUCGGUCGCUGCGGUUGAACGGGCUGGCCCUGGACCUGGAAGAAAGGGCCACGAUGACGCCAGGCGUGGACCCCGGCUGCCUGGGACACUGCAGCAGCUACGGACACCUGUGCCGCAAUGGAGGGAGAUGUAGGGAGAGACCCAGGGGCAUCGUCUGCGACUGCGCCGUCUCUGCGUAUGACGGGCCAUUCUGCGAGAGCGAGAUUUCUGCGUAUUUUGGAACUGGCUCGUCCGUUAUCUACGACUUUCAGGAACAUUCUAACUACACCGCCAGCAAGAACUCAAGCUCCUUUGCAGCUUUACUUCAUGAGGGUCUGACGCUGGCUGGAGAAGUGGCCACACUGAGCUUCCGGACCACAGGGACACCCAGCUUACUCCUCUAUGUGAGCUCCUUCUACGAGGAGUACCUGUCCGUGAUCCUCGCCCCCAAUGGAAGUUUGCAGAUCAGGUAUAAGCUGGACAGGCACCAAGAACCUGAUGUUUUUAACUUUGGUUUUAAAAACUUCGCUGAUGGGCAGCUUCACCAGGUGACGAUUCACAGAGAAGCGGCGGUGGUCGCUGUAGAGGUUAACCAGAAUGCAAGGAGACAAGUUGUCCUGUCAUCAGGGACAGAAUUCAAUGCUGUCAAAUCCCUUAUGUUGGGGACAAUUUUAG